UUCAGAGCUGGGGGGACCUUAGACUGAAGGAUUUCAGAGCUGGGGGGAUCUUAGACUGAAGGAUUUCAGAGCUGGGAGGGAGGGUCUUUAAAGCCUAGAAGGUCAGAGCUGGGGGGACCUUAGACUGGAGGAUUUCAGAGCUGGGAGGGAGGGUCUUUAAAACCUAGAAGGUCAGAGCUGGGGGGACCUUAGACUGAAGGACUUCAGAGCUAGGAGGGAGGGUCUUUAAAGCCUAGAAGGUCAGAGCUGGGGGGACCUUAGACUGAAGGAUUUCAGAGCUGGGAGGGAGGGUCUUUAAAGCCUAGAAGGUCAGAGCUGGGGGGACCUUAGACUGAAGGAUUUCAGAGCUGGGGGGACCUUAGACUGAAGGAUUUCAGAGCUGGGGGGACCUUAGACUGAAGGACUGCAGAGCUGGGAGGGAGGGUCUUUAAAGCCUAGGUCAGAGCUGGGGGGACCUUAGACUGGAGGAUUUCAGAGCUGGGAGGGAGGGUCUUUAAAGCCUAGAAGGUCAGAGCUGGGGGGACCUUGGACGGAAGGGUUUCAGAGCUGGGAGGGAGGGUCUUUAAAGCCUAGAAGGUCAGAGCUGGCAGGGACCUGAGGACCCAGAAUACCAGAGCUUGAAAAGCCCUUAGAACUCAGAAUGUUAGAAUUGGGAAAUAUGUUGAAAUCUUGUAUCAAUCACCCUCCCCCCUGUCCAGUUGGGAAAUCUGGGACUGCGGAGUAUUUGCCCAGGGGUGCCCUAGUCGUGGUAGAACCUCGCCUGGCAUCUGUCCCGACCUCCCAGGCUGGCACCUCACACCUGAGCUACCCUUGCCCUGUAGUCAGGUCCUGGACCUCCUGUGGCUUUUCCUCCACCCCAUCCCCAAUCCUAGAAGCUCUCCAGUCUUCCCCCACAGCUCCUGGCCAGGUUUCCUCCUUUCCAGGAGGAUCUGCCAACUCCCAGCCGGCCGCCCAGCAUCCAGGUGGGGCGUGUGGUGCCAGUCGGUGGGCAGAAUAACUUUUGACUUGGGAGCCUGAGCCGGGUUGGUUUGGACGUCACUGAGGGAAUAUAUAUGGAUCCGCCCCCACAAUGUCAUUUUUCCCAAGCGGCUUCUCUGACUAUCUCUGCACUUUAACAAAAGGAGAGGGAGACAGGGUGUGGGGUGGGCAGGGGAGGACGCGGAGGGCUGGGGAACGGGCAGAUGGACCUCCUGUUGUGGCGUGGGGAGCACCCACUCCUGCCUGAAGAGGGGCAGCACCUGGGAUUGGCUCAGCCUCGCCUCGUUCCAAGGUACAGAAUCUCGAGCUCCCUGGUGCGCCAGGGUCAGCAGACUGGGUAAGAAGGGAGGGCUCCUGGAGGAGGCCGAGGAGGUCCAGCUCCUGCUGGCUGGGAGUGGAUAUUUCCAGACUUCACCCUGGAGAGAAGGAAGGAGGCAGAGCUCCCCCAGCCCCCAGCUCGGUGCUGGUUUUGAUCAAGGCUGGCCGAGUUCCUUUCUCCUCCUCAGAGCCAGCUGCAUGGUAGAGGGAACCCAGCUCUGAGAGCGUCAUCCAGGAGCGCAGAGAUGGAAGAGUUGGGGGAAAGGAAGAGACUGAAGGAGACUUGAGAGGGGAACUUUAGGAGAGAUUAAGUGUUUGGAGAGAAGGGUAUGGAUGUCUUCAAGGAAAAGAGGGAAACAGGGAGGGAAAAUGCUUAAUUGGGAGAAAGAAAAGACGAUGUAGUAGUAUUAAAGCAUACUGGCUUUGAAGUGAGGAGAUCUGGGUUCAAAUCUUGCCUCUACCACAUAUCUGUGUGACCUUGGACAACUUAUUUAACCUCACUCUGGGCCUUAGUUUGCUCAUCUGUAAAAAGAGGGUUUGGGAUUAGCUCCAGCUCCCUUCAAACUCUAAAUCUAGGAGCCUAAUCUGUGCCCGUUUCCUUUUCUUCAAAAUGAGUGGACAAGACUAGACAGUAUCUGUGGUCCCUUCUACCCCCAAUCCUUUAAGAAGACAGAUUGAGGAGGGGGGAUGAAAAUUGGUAACUCAGUGUAAAGUUUCAGACAUAGAGUGGCCAUAUACAUGCUAGAAGUCAUCCCCAGGAUGCUGUAAUUGUCUGAUUCAAAUGUAGAAGGGAUUCCUGACUUGGGGAUGGGAGGAAGCUGGAAUAGAAGUCACUUUGUAAUGUCCUUCCAACUCAGACUGUGGACUGAUUAUGUGAUUAUUUUGUAAUCGCAGUGAGAUGUAGAGCAAAGAGGACAGGGCUGAAGUGUUGGUCGACCUGGGGUGGGAGUCUGCCACUAACAAAUUAGGUGGCUUUAAGCAAAUAAGUUGUUUAUAGUCUCUGUGCCUCAGUUUCCCCAUCUGGUAGAGUCUUAGGAUUGUAGAUUUAGAGCUAAAAGAGACUUCACAAGUCCUGGAAUCCAUCCUCUUCAUUUUGUAGAUGAGGAAACUGAGGCAAAGAGAGUCUUGUCAUGGUCACAGAAUAUCUGAGUGAGGAAUCAAACUCCUGAAUUCAAGUCCAACACAAGAGUUUUCAUUGACAGGAAAGCUGGGUUAGUUUCUGUCAGACAAAGUGUAGACGUUUAAUAAAUGUUCAUUGAGUUUAAUUUAAUAGAAUUACUGAAUUUAGAGUAUCUGAGUGAUGAGGGUAUUGUAAGGAUCAAAUGAGAGAAGGGAAUGGAAGAGUGUUUUUAAAAGUUGAAAGGCUAAAGGUACACAAUCAAAGAAUAUCAGCAUGGGAGGGACCUGAGAACAUUGUGUCAGAAGCUGGAGGGGUCUUGGGACAUAGAAUGUUACUGUUGAGAGGGGCUUAGACUGAUAUACCUGGGAGGGACAUUUGAACAUAGAAUGUCAGAGGUGAGAAGAACUGUCGAGCAGGGAACGGUAGAGCUGGAAAGAUCCUUAGAACAUAGAAUAUCCAAGGUGGGAGAGACCUUAGAAUAUAGAAUGUCAGAAGCAGAAAGGAUAUUGGAACCAGAAUGUCAGAGCUGGGAAGGAUCUUAGCACAGGAGGAAGUGUCAGAGCUGGAAAGAUCCUUAGAACAAAAAGUGAGAACCAGGAUGAGUUUUAGAACAUAGAAUAUCCAAGGUGAGAGGGACCUCAGAACAUGGAAUGUCAGGACUGGGAUGGGUUCAAAAAGUGAGAACCAGGAUGGGUUUUAGAACAUAGACUAUCCAAGGUGAGAGGGACCUCAGAACAUGGAAUGUCAGGACUGGGAUGGGUCUUAGAACAUGGAAUGUCAGAGCUGGAAAGACCUUUAGCACCUCAUUGUGGGAGCUGGGAGGUACCACAGAGUGUAGAAUAUCAGACCAUGGGCUGUCAGAGCUGAGAAGGUCCUUAGAACAGGGAAUGUGGGAGCUGGGAGAGCUCUGGGGACACGGAAUGCCAGAAGGAGGGAUCUGAAGACCUUGGACACUGAAUGCUCCAGAGUGACCUUGGACCUCAUUAUCAUUCUCCCCAGCAUCCAGGCUGCUCUGGCCACCCCCUCAUUUUGGUGAUGAGGCAACGGGCUGGCGGCUCCUUGUCAUUGGUGUUAUUUAUCAGUUACUGUUAUUCGCUGCCCAUGGUUAAAGCUCCGUGUUUGGACUGUGUCAGCACAUGGAGCCGCUUGCGCCUUCUUCCUAUGGAGAGCUGGGCUUUUUCUGAUGAAGCCAGACGGCUUCUCGCCUGCUGCCCAAUGAGUCAUUCGGUGAGCUAAUAUUCCUCGGCAGUUGGGCCUCCCAGGGUGUGAGCGACACACAGCAUUCCCUAUUCUGUCCAGGUCAUUGGAUUGGCAUCUGGGAGCGCCGGAGCUGCCACAACAGGGUCUUCCCUCCGGGCCUUGCCGCUGUCGAGGGUCCCCGGGGUCCAUGGGUCGAACAGAAUGACCGAGAACCUGAAGGCCUGCUUGGCUCAUACCCAGGCUUCCAUGGGGGAGAUGGUGACUGUGAAGACAGAGGUCUGCUCACCCCGACGGGAUCAGGAGUAUGGUCAGCCCUGCUCCGGGAGGCCUGACCCUCCAUCCAUGGAAGUGGAACCCAAGAAACCGAAGGGGAAGCGAGAGCUGAUCAUGACCAAGAGUUUCCAGCAAGUAGACUUCUGGUUCUGUGAGUCCUGCCAAGAGUACUUUGUGGAUGAAUGCCCCAACCAUGGCCCCCCCGUGUUUGUGUCUGACACACCCGUGCCCAUGGGCAUCCCUGACCGAGCAGCCCUCACCAUCCCCCCUGGCAUGGAGGUGGUCAAGGAGGCCAGUGGGCAGAGCGAUGUCCGCUGCAUGAAUGAGGUCAUCCCCAAGGGACACAUCUUUGGGCCAUACGAAGGGCAGAUCUCGACGCAGGAUAAAUCGGCCGGCUUCUUCUCCUGGUUGAUCGUUGACAAGAAUAAUCAUUACAAGUCUAUCGAUGGGACGGAUGAGACCAAAGCAAAUUGGAUGAGAUAUGUGGUCAUUUCACGGGAGGAGAGAGAGCAGAAUUUGAUGGCCUUCCAGCACAGUGAGAAGAUCUACUUCCGAGUGUGCCGUGAUAUCCGACCUGGGGAGCGGUUACGCGUCUGGUACAGUGAGGAUUACAUGAAACGUCUACACAGCAUGUCCCAGGAAACAAUACAGCGCAAUCUGACCAGAGGAGAUAAAAAGCUGCAGCGAGAGAAGCCUGAGAAGGCUUUGGAUCACCAGGAGGACCUUCGAGGCCCUCUUCAGCUUACGGUCUUGAGGCAUGGCAAGAGCGCCUACAAGCGUGGCUUUGAUGAGGUGGAUGCCCACCCUCCACCCAAGAAGAAGAAGAUUGACCUCAUCUUCAAGGAUGUCUUGGAGGCCUCACUGGAGACUUCAAAGAUAGAGGAGCACCCUCUGGCCCCAGGAACCCCCCUUGUCCUCAGGAAAGCUCCUAAGUUCCACACAGAAGAUGUGUAUGAUCAGUGUGGGAUGGCUAUAUCCCAUGGGCCCCAAGAUCUCUCUAGGAAUCAGGGGGAAAAGGAGUGGAAGGCUCCCCAAGGGGCUUCAUAUGGUCCCUCCAAGGACACAAGCUUGUUGGAGGAUGAGGAAGAAGAGCCUUCAUCAUUCAAGGCCGACAGCCCAGCAGAGGCUUCCCUUGCAUCGGACCCUCACGAGCUCCCCACCACCUCCUUCUGCCCUAACUGUAUUCGUCUAAAAAAGAAGAUACGAGAGCUACAGGCAGAACUGGACAUGCUCAAGUCUGGGAAGCUACCUGAGCCCCCUCUGCUGCCACCCCAGGUACCGGAGCUCCCCGAGUUUUCAGACCCCACAGCCUCGGAGAGCGUGGUCUCCGUCCCAACCAUGCUGGAGGACGACGACCAGGAGGUGGACUCGGCCGACGAGUCCGUGUCCAACGAGAUGAUCACGGCCACAGACGAGCCUUCCAAGAUGUCCUCUGCCACCGGUCGCCGGAUCCGGCGCUUCAAACAGGAGUGGCUGAAAAAGUUCUGGUUCCUGCGGUACUCCCCGACGCUCAAUGAAAUGUGGUGCCACGUGUGCCGCCAGUACACGGUGCAGUCUUCCCGGACCUCAGCCUUCAUCAUCGGCUCCAAGCAGUUCAAGAUCCACACCAUCAAACUCCAUAGCCAAAGCAACCUCCAUAAGAAAUGCCUGCAACUCUACAAGCUCCGGAUGCACCCGGAAAAGACAGAGGAGAUGUGCCGGAACAUGACUCUGCUGUUCAAUACUGCCUACCACUUGGCCCUGGAGGGCAGACCCUACUUCGAUUUCCGGCCCUUGGCGGAAUUACUGAGGAAGUGCGAGCUCAAAGUGGUGGACCAGUACAUGAACGAGGGCGACUGCCAAAUCCUGAUCCACCACAUCGCCCGGGCUCUGCGGGAAGACCUGGUGGAGCGCAUCCGUCAGUCGCCGUUCCUUAGCAUCAUCCUGGACGGGCAGAGCGACGACAUCCUUGCCGACACGGUGGCCGUCUACGUCCAGUACACGAGUAGUGAUGGGCCCCCCGCUACGGAAUUCCUUUCCUUACAGGAGCUGGGGUUCUCCACCACCGAUAGUUAUCUCCAGGCUUUAGACCGGGCUUUCUCUUCCUUGGGGAUCAGGCUGCAGGACGAGAAGCCCACCAUCGGCUUGGGAGUGGAUGGGGCCAACAUCACGGCUAGUUUGCGCGCGAGCAUGUUCAUGACGAUCAGGAAGACGUUGCCGUGGCUCCUCUGUUUGCCUUUCAUGGUGCACCGACCCCAUCUGGAGAUCUUGGAUGCUAUCAGUGGAAAGGAGCUCCCCUGCCUGGAGGAGCUCGAGAAUAACCUAAAGCAGCUGUUGAGUUUCUACCGCUAUUCCCCCCGGCUGAUGUGUGAGCUCCGUUUGACGGCCUCUACCCUUUGCGAGGAGACGGAGUUCCUGGGAGAUAUCCGGGCCGUGAGGUGGAUCAUCGGGGAGCAAAACGUUCUCAAUGCACUGAUCAAAGACUACCUGGAAGUGGUGGCCCACCUCAAGGACGUGAGUGGGCAAACACAGCGUGCGGAUGCCUCGGCCAUCGCCCUGGCCCUGCUCCAGUUCCUCAUGGACUACCAGUCCAUCAAACUCAUCUACUUCUUACUCGAUGUGAUCGCCGUGCUUUCCCGCUUGGCCUACAUCUUCCAGGGCGAAUACCUCCUCGUGUCCCAGGUGGACGACAAGAUCGAGGAGGCCAUCCAGGAGAUCAGUCGGCUGGCCGACUCUCCUGGGGAAUAUCUUCAGGAGUUUGAGGAGAACUUCCGAGAGAGCUUCAACGGCGUCGCCGUGAAGAACCUGCGCGUGGCCGAGGCCAAAUUCCAGUCCAUCCGGGAGAAGAUCUGCCAGAAGACCCAGGUGAUUUUGGCCCAGAGGUUUGAUUCCCGCAGCCGGACCUUUGUGAAAGCCUGCCAGGUGUUUGACCUCGCGGCCUGGCCCAGAAGCACCGAGGAGCUCAUGAGCUAUGGCAAAGAGGACAUGAUCCAGAUAUUUGACCAUCUGGAAACCAUCCCAUCGUUCUCCAGGGAAAUCUGCCGCGAAGGGAUGGACCCGCGCGGAAGCUUGUUGAUGGAGUGGCGGGAACUCAAGGCUGACUACUACACCAAAAAUGGUUUCAAAGACCUGAUCAGCCACAUUUGCAAGUACAAACAGAGGUUUCCUCUAUUGAAUAAAAUCAUCCAAAUCCUUAAGGUCCUCCCCACCUCUACCGCCUGCUGCGAGAAAGGCCGAGUCGCCCUCCAGCGAGUGCGUAAGAACAACCGCUCUCGCCUGACCUUGGAACAGCUCAGUGACCUUUUGACAAUUGCUGUAAAUGGCCCCCCCAUUGCCAACUUUGAUGCCAAGAGGGCACUGGAUAGCUGGUUCGAGGAGAAGUCGGGCAAUAGUUACACACUGUCUGCGGAAGUUCUCAGUAGGAUGUCUGCCCUGGACCAGAAGCCAAUGCUUCCCACCAUGGACCACGGGUCAGAGUUUUACUCAGAUCUUUAGGGAGUUGUUGUCUCAGAUUUUACCAAGCUGUUGAAUAAUUUUUUAAAAGAAAAAAUAUCUAUACUCCUAAGCUUUGAUAUAUUAUAUAAAUAUAUAUAUAUAUUAUAUAUAUAUAAACCCACACUGAAAAUUUAAAAAAAAUUAAGGGGACAUGCAUCUAACUGAAGCUACUUGGAGUUUUCAGAACGGGAUGAUGUCAGACACUUUCCUCUUAUCUACAAAACCUGGCAGCUGCAGUAACCAUGGCAAUUCACUCUUACUCAUCAUGGCCCGUGCUGGGGGCCACUGGGGUUCCAAUCUAACAAUCAACCAACAGUAUAAGCUAAAAUGACGGGUCUCUGUCAACCACCUCUCUGGUAGCUCACCUCAUGUAUGUUCUCAUUUCGGUUUUUGGUGUUUUUUUUCGUUGUCGUUGUUGUUGGUUCGUUCGGUUUUUUGGUUCCUCUGUUGGAGGGGUUGUUGUGUAUUUGGUCCUCUAUUUGUUUUAGGGGAAGGGGGCUCUGUAGGCUGGUUUGGGCCCAUUUGGAGUCAUGUUUCUUAUUUCUAAUGGCAAUUUGUAAAUCGAAGCGUUUCCUCCCUUCUCCUCCCUCCACUUAUUUCAGUUUGGGAAUCUUCUCCAUGUUAUUUUUCUCAACUGUCUUAGAAGCAAAAGGGUCAGCCAAACGGCGACGUCUUUCAUCCCUUCCCUCCUCCCCAGGUUCUACAGAUGGGAAAGGGAGGAAAACUUGGCCAUUCACCUCCCCUUGCUUCUCCUCUGGUCUCUCCAAAGAGGCCCCUCAGUACAUGGUCAACCAAUGGCAAUCGAUGAUAGGGAAGAGAAGGUGGACUUUUUGCAUUUCUGUUAUGAUGUCAUAAGGGAUAAGAAAGUGACACCCAUUCAGUUCCAGGGCCUUUGGGAACCGUCAAUGGCCUCCAAAUCUAGGCCCCAAACGAGGCAAGGAUUUGGGGCUGAAAGUAAGAAAACGACGACGACAACAACAAAAGAUAUUCUAAUUAUUUAUACUCUCUCUUUAUAGUCAUAGAUUGUUGUGUUGGGGGGUGGGAUGGUGUUGUUAUUAUUAUUUUAUAAUAGAGUCACAGAAUACCUGCUUUUAUUCCAUAGCAGGGGCUAUCCAUGCAAGGUGAGUCCUGGGCUCGUCCCAUCAGGGACUUCCCAGAGGUUCACGCCUUCUCUUGUGACCAAGGCGAUCGAUCACACAGUCAGUUCAGAGCCUGGCAAGAAGCUGGACGCUUCGUCUAUCCCUGUGAAAUCUUUCUUCUUGGAAGGGUCCAAAUGUCCUAAAGAGAAGGAAAAAAGCAAAAAAUGGGACAGGCCUCUCCGUGAAUAGCCUACACACAGCCACACUUCUAAGGUUGCACACAUAUGCACUUUCACACACGCACAUACCCAAACCAGCCCAUGAUCCUGGACACGCUUACAUGUUUGGACAUGGGGUCCAAACCACGUAUGCCUGAAUGCAUAGUCACACACACACACACAUGCACACACCAGACACACACAAAUGUCAUAAGCUUUAGAAAUAGCCACUCGCCCGCCCCUCUAAGACAAGGACCAAUUUAGACCCGGAUCGUCUAAAUUAGGGCUAUUUCCUUCAUUUGCUACCACUGUACCUCCUGAGGGAGUCAAAAAUAAUUGUGUGGGCUGAUACACUUUUGUACUUAUUUAUAAGGAUGGCAUAUAUGUGUAUUUAAAUCAAAAUCCAAUUCCCUCGAAUAUGGACGUGGGUCCAUUUUGUUGGGUGGGGAUGGGAACCAUCCACAUUUCACACACCUCAUCAUAGGCAGCGGAAUGGGUCAGAUGGGGAUCAGCCUGUUGGGUCACCAGCAUCCUCCGCCUGGCUUGUGGAGAACCAGCCAGGCCGAGAAGGUUUCCUUUUUCACUUUCUUCUAUCUCAGAGGACCUGGUCUUGGACCAGAAGCUGGGCCAUCUAGAACCCAUAGUGUAGAUGUCAUCAACACUGAACCUUUCCCGGUCUCCCUUCCCUGUCCUUCCGCCCCUAUCCCUCAUCCCUACCCCUCUCCUUGGUCUUGGUGCUAAGAGAACUCUAGAACCAUUGCUGCUAGUUGAUAGCUUUUCAUUAUAUAAAUAUAUUAUAUAUUAUAUAUAUAUUAUUUUUGAAACUUUGUUUGUUUGUUUGUUUUCAACAGUGAUGUAGCAUGUUGUCAAAAUCCCAUCUCUCCCACUUGUUCCACCACUGGGCCUCCUUAGCUGCCUUCUGCCAUGAAGGAAAGCAACUCUGCCUGGCUCUCACUCAGCAUCCCCUGCCCUGGCAGCCUCCCCCACCCCGUCUCAAGGAGGGAAUGGGGCAGGACCUGUGCCCGAGGACCCAAGCACUUCCUGCCUGCCCCCAAAGGUGGGCCCAUUGACCUGGCUUCACAGUGACGUGACCCGACUCCCUUGCAUGCAUCCUGUGGGCAUGGUGAUGGGAGGCAGCUGUGAGGUCAUGGAAAGAGCACUCAAUUUGGAGCCAGGAGGUCUGGGUUCCAUUCCUGCUUCUGCUACUUACUCCCUUGGUGGCUUUGGGUAAGGCACUGCACUCCUGGUUUCCUCCUCUGUCACAAAAGGGUGUUGGAGUCAUUGGCCUCUAAGUCCCCUUCCUGCUCUAGAUCUUAUCAUCCAAGUAGGGUACUACUGGUAAGCACUCAUCAGAACCCCCUCCUUUCCCCUUUGGGUCCCCUCUUGGACUCUACUCAGACUCACAAGCAUAUCUUUCAGUAAGAUUUCCAUUGAGGCAGCUUGGAAAGGCUAGACAAGACAGGGAGAAAUGUGUGAGGGCAGAGUUGGACAUUAAUAAGAUUAAUGCCUGGGAAACCCCCAAAGCAAGGAACUCUCAAGGCCAACUGGACCCUUGCACCUUUUUCUAGCCCCUCCCAUACUAUACUGUUUCCUUGACCCAUCUCAAAACCACUCGAUGUAGAAUCCAGAAGGGGGUUCUGCUUGCUGGCCUCAGGGACUAGCCUUUUGGGGUUUGGCCUCAACUCUGAGCUUGUAAGAGUGAACAGAGACGUGUUCCCAGAACUCUAUGGCCAGCUUUCCAUCCCAAGUCCUUCCAACCUCCAGACGAGGACAAUAGUAAGUUACCAUAGCCUGUCCAGACGUGUGCGAGGCCAGGUGGACCUCUGCAGUCCCAGCCAGGCCUAAGAUGUGGUGGGACAUGGAAGGGGGCCUGAAGAAGCAGAGGCUACUGGCUACCCCCAGGCAAGGCUUCCAGGGGAAGUAAACCUCUGCCCCACGUAGAGGGACUGGGGCAGCAUCCCUGGUGCUCUCACUUAUAGUUUUAGACCUCCUUUCACAUGCCAUUUAGUUUCAAGGGAUCAAUACCUCCUCUACACCAGAUCUAACCUGUGAAUUCUUGUGCUCCGAAGCAGCUUCUCACCCUUCAGCAUCCUUGAAAAGGGGUCUUUUGGUAGAUGGCACUCUCAGGUGAACUGCCCAGAAAACCCUAUUUUUUGUUCCCUUCACUUGAUUCUCAGAUUUCCCCCCUUCCUCCAGUUACCACUGAUGGUUUUUUAUUUUCUCGGGGCCUCAGGCCACCUUGUUAUCUUCAUUUUAGUCUAAAGCAGGAUCAUUUGGCUCCAAAGUAAGACUUGUGGACCUGACAUUCAGUGCUUACUCUGUCUAAUUAGGAAUUACCUUUGUCCACUUGGAGCUCUUGCCAUAGGCUAACUGAGGAAAAUGGAUCUAGUCCUUUAUGUUUGGGCAAGCUUGGGGCACUGGUUGAAUUUGAAAACAGUUCAAGUAGGUACAAUACAUCCCUGACAAAGAGGGAAGUUCUUGUAAUGGCGGAGUCAUAUCCUUCUAAACUGGAGGAGAGGGAGUGCCCAUUGUUGCCUUUGCCUAUCUAAUGGGAGAAUAGUUCCCUGUGAUCUUCAAGAUAAGCACUUGAGAGAUGACUUUUCCAAAUGACCUAAAGCCUGCCAAGACCCAGGUCAUUCACACAAUAGCCAGAACAACCCACUGAGGCCCUAGACUAGGUCAUUCACAACAGCUCUUCCAUUUAUAGGAGGAUAGAGUUUUGAGGUAGAAGGACCUGUAGGACUUUGGGGAAACCAUGGCCAGAGAGAAGAGUCUGGGCUUCAGUUUCUUCAUCUGGAAAAUGAAGGAAUUUGGCUAGGUUGUUUGUGAAGACUAGGCUUUCUAUGUUCUCAGAUCUCUUCUAGCUCCAACAUUCUGUAUUCCCAAAGCCUUUUUUCAACUUGAAUAUUCUAGGUUCUAAAGCCUGCUCUAACUCUCUUCAGUCUAUCCAGGGUCCAAUUUAGCUCUGGCAUUUGGGGUUCUGAGGUCACUCUGUUUUUACAGUUUAUGUUCUAAAAUUCCUUCCAACUCAAACAUUCUGCUUUCUGUGUUCCAAGGUCCAUUAUAGCUCAAAACAGUCUAUGUUCUAAAGUUCCUUUUCAGUCUGAUGUUCUAAGAUCCCUUCUACCUCAGAUAUUCUAUGUUCUAAGGUUCCUUCCAACUCAAACAUUCUAUUUUCUAUGUUCUAAAGUCCAUUAUAGAUCAGUCUAUGUUCUAUAGUCUCUUCAUUUUAAUGUUCUAUGUCUAAAAUUCCUUCUACCUCGGACAUUCUGAGUUCUAAGUCCCAUUCCCAUGCUGGCAUUCUGUGUUCUGAAGAGCCAUUCAAUUUUAACACUUUGUUUCUAUUUUCUGAAGGAGAUCCUUUCCAGCUUUGAUAUUCUGUUUACCAAGUUCAUACGUUUCAUAAUAUAUGGUUGGAAUCUUUCCUUUUAUCAUAAUUUGCUCUUAAUACAAGAUGAAGUUCUAUUAACCUCUAAUAUAACAUGGUCUAAGGUGCUUCCAAGGUCUACCAUUCUCUUCCAAGGUCUAACAUUCUGUAUUCUCAGAUCUCUAACAGGUCUGAUAUUAUGUUUUCUGGGUUCUAAGGUCCAUUAUCACUCUAACAUUCAACAUUCUCAGUGAGAAAACAUUGAAAACCUUUCUGGCCAUGACAUUCUCUGUUCUGAGCUCUCUUCCAGCUUUGACAUUCCUUGUUUUGUAUUCCGAGUUCCUUCUAGCUCUGGCAUUCUGUUUUCCAUUAUCCAAGGUCCUUUCUAGCUCUAAACCCCCAAGAUCUCAUAUCUUUAUGCUCCUGUUCUCAGUCAGGUAUGGGACCCUCCUAGUUUGGUUGCCCCCAAGAGAAGGAACACUAUCCCAUGGAAGUCAUUCAAGAUUGCUCCUCUAUGACUUGGUCUUGCCAAGUGUUUCUGUGUCAUAUUUCACCAUCCAGCAGUUGGUGCCAAUGUUUUGGUUGUCUAGAACAGAAUUUCCCCCCCAGUUUAGUUGUGUUUGUGUGUGUGUGAUUCCAGAAGUAUGCCAUGUAGGAAUAGAGGUUAAUACAGAGUGGAGCUGAAAGCCAGCUAGCCUUCAAACACCAUCCAGCCUUGCUAGCAAAUAAUAUCAUUAAGGGUUAUGUAUUUCCCUUCUUACAACCAAGAGGAAAGGCGUAGGGGUGAUACUAGAGCAGAGGAGGGAUGGAGGAAUUGAAGACACUUGUUUGCCUCCAUGGGAAAGACUGAUGAGAGCAAGGAUGUCUCCUGCCCUUCCCCUUGUGGGCUGAGGGAAUGAGACAGGAGUUUGAGUUCCCUCUAAAUGGGAGGUGUCAGAAAGGCAUGAAAUGAUGUUCCUUUGCCCUGAGAAGUGGUAUUAGGAGGUAGGAAAAACUCCAAACUCAAAUCUUCUUUCCUUGUCCGCCAUUUUUCUCAUUUCGGUUCCUCAUGUUCUUGCUCCUUUGGUCAUCACCAUAACCCUAUCUUCUCUCUUCCUGUUUAGCAUUUUGCAUCCAACCUCCAGCUUUUGGACUAGGAACAUCCAACUCCCUACCACCUCUUUUUUUUUUUAACUCCAUCUGGUCCAGUGGGUAACGGGUUUGACUUGGAAAUUAGAAUUAGAAUCUUUUCUCUUCGGUUUGCAAAUGUCUUGAUAUUUUUUUUCUUGAAGCACUCUGUUGGUUACCAAACCUGAGUCCCCUCUCCCCAUUUCUCCUGGGCCUGCCCAGCCAGUAUCUGGGGCAGGAGGGUCAGGGACUGACUCGAGCUCUGAUGUGACUGUCCUAACCCAAGUCGAAGGCCCUGGGAGAGGUGGGACGCUUGGGGAAGAGCAGGGCCCUUUGUGGAUCGGUGAGAUUGAAGUGCUCCUCUCCCCGCUACCCCUGUUCCACAUUCCAGCCUCUUUGAGGCUGCUCUGGAGAUUCUUGCCUUCCGGAAUCCUCAAUCCUGCUUUGGAGGAAGGGCUCCUUUUGCCCUACUGGCCAGUAUGCUUUCCUUGGCUAGAGAUGGGGGGGAUGGGUAGAUGUGGCGCCCCCUUAGUUCAUCUUUGCAUGUUCGCCUACAGAAAGGAGUCCUCUUGGGGUAGGAGGAAAUGGUAUGGUACAUGCCUCUCUUCACAGAGCCUCCCGCCUGAAUCUUUAAAUGGUAUCACCCCCCUUCGACCUAUGCAAUUCCAUAGAGUGUGUGCAUGGAUGCAGGGGUUAUAUCAGUGUAUAAUAUAGGUGCAUAAUACAUACAUAUAUAUACACACACAUAUGUAGUAUAUAUGGGCAUAUACGGUAUGUAUCCAUGCAGAGGAAGAGAUGAAAUCGUGUCUAUAUAUCUAUAAAUAAUAUCCUAUAUAUUUAUACAUUUCUAUGUUUUGGAUAGAUAUAAAAAUAGAGUCUAUGAGAGCUGAGGUAGCCCCGCCGAAUGCCUAUCUUUGUGGGGCACGAGGGAGUGGGGGCAGGAAAAGAGCCUUCCAAGAGAGGCUCUUGGGCCACGCUGGGUUGCCGGGAUGACAAGGAGCAGCUUGCUGCCUCCCUCUCAUGAACUCCAUCACCGGCUCCCACCCGCUGGGACCAUCGGCUCUUUGUCCUGGACAGGGAGAUGGGGCUCCCCCAUGAGGCGUGCAGUGGCGCCCCCUCCUGUCCUCCUCCCCCCAGGCUAGGGGCUCGGGGGCCACCGGAGUCGGGCCAAGGAUUUUCGGAGCUGGUAGCCAAGGGACACACCGGGUGCAUCCGGGGCCAGCAGAGCUGUCCUAGGCAGGAUGUCCAAGACCUCUUCCUCUCCUGGCCGGAAGUUCAGCAGCCUAGCUCUGCCCCUCCGGAUGGAUUCACCAGCGUCCUUACAGGCGAAGACAGGACGCGGAUGGCCCUGGGAAGGUCAGAGUAGGCACUUGCUGCUAGAGUGGGGUCUCACGCACGCACGCGCACACACACACACACAGUAGCUACUCAAGUUCAGAACCAAGGGCUUCCGGAAGCCCAUUCAACUUUGCACAACCUGGCUUCAGCUCAGGACAGCACUUUCCCCCCCAUCCUCUUCCUCUCUCUCCUCUCGCGAGGUUCAGUCCCACGCCCGACCCCAGGCAGGUUUAUUUAGUCCUUUUACACUGUUCUGAUUCUGUGAUUCGAGGGCCAGUGCCUGAGCACCCAGCAGUAGGGCCUCCUUCUUCUGCCCUUCCCCGGCUCCCGGGAGGGCAUGGGGGAAGGCUUCUGGGGCAGCAGGAACCCCGCAAAUAGAGCAGCUUGUGUGCGCCAUCUUGUCUGUACCCGAGACGGAGGGCUCAUCUAGCCCUGACAGAAUCAGAUAACCUGCAGCCGAAUCGUUUUCUUUCUGCAGGAGACAGGGGAAGGCGGAAGAGGGAAGGGUCAGAAGAGGCCUGGUGGUUCCCCCAGAAAUGGAUGGCUGGAUGGCCCCUUGGCCAAUGUCACUCUCCAGCUCUCAGACUGGGCCGCUUCCUAAAAUCUCCGAGUCAGGUCCUCUGGUUCCCUCUCCUCCACUGACUUUACAGAUGAGGAAACUGAGGCUCAGAGACGAAGCCGCCCCCUCUGAUCCUGUCCCCACCUCCCCACCAUUUUACAGACGUACCUCAUCUUCCAAUAGAUCCCCAUUUCUACUGCAAUCCGGGGUCCUAGGAUCUUGCCUCUGGUGUGCCCAACCUCCUGGCUCGACCAGUGCUCUGCCGCCACCACCACCACCACCACCACUACCACCCCGCCCCCAUCCAUCAUGGUCUCUGCUGAGCCACAACUGCCAAACAGGCUUCAACAAGACCCUCAGUGCCCAGCUUGAGAUAAAUACGGUCCCAACUUGAUCUCUGCCUCUCCCCUCAUAGAAAUCAAAUCAAGUGGGCUAUCAGGAGAUAGGGCAUUCCUGGUGUGGCUAGGGCUCCCUCAUGCACUGUACCUCAGCUCCUCAGGGCACGGAGGCAAUUCUAGACCCUCUGUGAGAGAAGAUGAUCAGGGGGCCCUGGAGGGACAAUGCUGAAAAAAAAAAGUGAAGGCACAGGAUUCCAUACCUCCAUCCCUCUACCCCCACCCACUACAGAUCUUCACUUUUGUCUUUUAGGGAAAACCAAGAGAUUGGUUUGGGGGCUUUUCUCAACCUGUUCUUUCUCCUCCCUCUCCCUUUGCUGCUGAACAGUUCAUUUCAGUCACCAAGAAAAGCUAAAAUAAAAAAGGGGGGGAUAAUGGGGAGUAUCUAGAAGUCUAUUAUUACAUAUGUAUUAAUAUGUUAAUAUCACUUUUCUGAAAGAAAAAAAAAACCUCUCAAUGUUAUUAUUUGACAGACUCUGCUUUAUAGUACCUGUGUGACGGGCCCUAGGACACUGGAUACAAAUAGAGCUAUGUUGGUAUACCAUAGUAUGUACACGGAGACUUUCCUAUUGUCAUAUUAUCCUUGUAAUGUAAGAUGAUUGUUAAUAAAAUCAUUUAAAUCUA